AUGACGGUUUCUAAUUUCAUCGCGCAAAGACGGAUAGAAGAUGGCGCCAAAUACUUGCUCGACGGAAGUAUGAUUCGUCGUGCAAGGUUUGAUGUCGACACUUUCUUGUGCGACGGAAAGUUGCGCAUGCGCGACGCCGUUAUGAGUUUGCGCGACGAUAGAAUUAUGAGCAGAAAGUGGAUACAGAACCCGAAUAGAUGCGUGGACGAAUACUUGGAUGGAAUUGAGGAUUUUAUUGAGUUUGCACGUAGACACAACCUGGGUGCAACUAGAAUCCGUUGUCCUAGUAGGAGCAUUUGGAACCUUCACGGGGAACAAUUAGACAAUCCUUCAUCUUCAAAUGCCACAAGGGUAGACAAUAUUGAACAUAUUGUGGAUCCUAAUGAACAAGUCAUGGAUAUUAUAAAUGAUGUUUUUCCAUUUGAAUUGACCAACAUCAAUCAGGAAGGGGAAGAUGACGUGCCUACCCCAAUGGACAGUGUAGAGUUCGAACAAUAUGAACAACUGUUAAAAAGUGCCAACCAAGACUUAUACCCAGGGUGCGAGAGCUUUUCCGUUCUCACGGCCAUUGUCGAGCUAAUGCACGGAAAAAUAAAGUAUCGUAUGUUGAACCUGUGUUUCGAUUACUUUUUGGGGGUUUUCAAGAGAAUGCUUCCGAAGGACAAUUGUUUGCCCAAAGACCAUAGACAAGCGCAAAAGGUGUUGAAUGGUCUUGGAUUGGGUUAUGAAAAAAUUCAUGCUUGCAAAAACAACUGCAUGUUAUUCUACAAAGAGUAUGAAACAUUGGAUACAUGCCCUAUAUGCAAAGAGUCGAGGUUCAAGAUGACAUCUCAGAAUAGGACGACUAAGAUCCCACAAAAAGUCAUGCGUUAUCUGCCCCUGAAACCUAGGCUACAGCAAUUGUAUAUGUCGACUCAUACUGCCACAGACAUGAGAUGGUAG